AUGAAACAGCAUUCAACACUUUUGACCCUUCAAACCUUCGAAGACACCACAAUUAUGGAGACGGUUCAGUUCACUGAGGACAUGGGUCUGACGGAGUUGAUGCGGCUAAAGGAAUCAAAAUUACCAGGUCCCUAUGAGAUUCCGGCGAAGAUUUUGAAGGAACUCUCCGGUGAGUUGGCUAAACCUCUCUCUAUGCUUUUUCAUACAUCCUUCGAGACCGGAUAUCUGUCACCCGACUGGAAGUCGGCGUAGAUCACGCCGCUGUACAAGGGCGGAAGUCGGAUCUCUGCGAACAAUUACAGACCUGUCAGCCUCACAUCCAUUUUCGGCAAGAUUAUCGAAAAAAUAAUAAAGUAACAAUUAAUGCAGUUCAUUGGACAAAACUGUUGGGAGUGCCUACACUCCCAAAAACAAGAGCAAACCAAUCACUGGAGAUCACGUGCGUUUGCUCUCUCUCUACAGCGCUGUCAUCUCAAUCAGGCGCCUUCCCAUUGGCCACUCCCCCUCUUCCCGAAGGUCAUUGGCCGAAUGCCGGCGAAUCACAAUAGCGUGUUAUAAAUAUGCGUCACCCUUAGCUAGACGUGACUGGCAGUGUUUUGCUAAUACACCUCCCGUGGCCAGCCGCGUUUUCUUUGUCUGCUGCCUUGAUAUUGGAGACCAGGGUCGAGUGAGUAUACGCUUCACGGAAUUUUACGUACCAGGCGGGUCAUAACAAAAACCAUGUGCUUUCCGAUUCUCAGCAUGGAUUCCGAAAAAGCAUAUCCUGUGUGACAAACUUAUUCUACUGUCUGGUGCACUGGACUCGAGCUGCUGAUAGAGAAGAUAUGGUGCCUGCCAUAUAUAUCGACUUUAAAAAGGUCUUCGACAGUGUGCCUCACCACCGCCUUCUAUACAAACUCAGCCGUACAGUAGUGCGAGAUAAGCUUCUGAUGUGGAUUCGAAGCUAUUAACCCGGCCACGCUCAGGCCGUCCACGUCAGUGACCAGCAAUCUGCCGAGGUUGCCGUUAAGAGUGGUGUUCCGCAGGGCUCUGUUCUUUUCCCUACACUGUUCCUAGUCUUAGUCAGCGACUGCGCAAACGAACUGGAUUGCGAUGUCGCAGUGUUUGUUGAUGAAGUAAAUAUCUGGACUACCAUACGAAACGAAGUUGACGAGGCGCGACUGCAGACAAAUCUAGACCGCCUCGAGCAAUGGUAAAAAGACUGGCUUCUACCGUUCAACGUAAACAAGUGUAAUUUCCUACGCGUCGGCGGAACCAGUUCUCCUAACCGCAUGGUCUACCGUCUGACUGGCAAGCCACUGCAAGAAGUCGACGCCCAGAAGGACUUGGGUGUAUGGAUCGCAGCCUCGCUUAAGCCUUCACUGCAGUGCUCAAAGGUAGCCAAUUCAGCGAUGUCCACUCUAUACCUCGUCAAACGGGCGUUCUCCCCCUUUGAUGAAGAUUGCUUCGCCAAGGUCUUCAGAACUUUUUUGCUACCGCAUCUGCAGUUUGAUAUCCAAGCAUGGAGACUCUGGACCGCUAAAGACCUCGGCAUCCUUGAAAAAGUUCAACGGCGGGCAACGAAACUUGUAUCUGGGCAGUGGUCAGUACCCGACGAAACACGAUUAGCUAAUCUUGACCGCUUUCCUUUGAGUUAUAGAAAACUACGUGAAGACCUGAUACAAGCUUUCCGCAUCGUGCGUAAUCAGUGCUGCUGCCUCGCAUCAGGAAACUCCCUUGAGUUGGCGACUACGAUUAACCUGUGAGGCCAUCCACUCAAAUUACGUGUGACUGGUGCCCGGCUAGACACACGAAAGUUCUUCUCCUCCAACAGAGUGGUUGCAGCUUGGGAUGCUUGACCCGAGGAUGCUGUUAUGUCGGGAUUCGUAGACACUUUUAAACGAAGUCUAGAUCAACUUUGGAGCGCGCACCACAAUAACGCCAAACUACAGCCACCUUGAUAGCCAGCGUUGACAAUUUAAUGUUAUGACGAUGCUACUACCAACACUCAAGUAACAUAUGUUUAUGAAAUUUGUUGGUUUUGAACCACGUCGCACACCGCUGCUCGCAUUCACCACUGAACUGAACUGAACCACGAUGCCUUAGGACUAAAAAAUUUACUUCUUUUCCUGUAUCUUUGGUGUGCUUCUACUGUCUGCUGUAUUUAAUCAACAAACCGAGUUCACAUGCCUUUAAAUGCUCUUAACGCAUGAAAUUCUGUGUUCAUCUGUGCAGUUUUUGUUAUUCCCCUUGUAUUUCUUUCGCUUUACUUCGUUUCCAUUUUCUCCAUAUACCCUCUCUGCAUGUAACCAAUAGGGAUUUCAAAGGUACACAUAUACUUUCCCUGAAUUACACUGAUACUGACACAUUUAAGCCCGGAAGAAAAGAUGACCUAAAACGGUACCUUGUAGAACACCACUUGACGAAGUCAAUAAGGGGACUGCGAAUUCUCAGAGCUUCUAAUUGAGCUAAGAGGCUUCUAUGUGGCAUUUUAUAAAAGGCCCUACUAAGAUGAAAAUAAAUAAUGACAAAAGAUAAAUGCUCAUUAAGAAGUUAAGUAAGUAGACUAAGAAUUGACAUCUGACACGUUUCACAAGAGCGAUUGGAUAAAAAGCCGUGUUCGAAAGGGCUAAGAACUUGACCGGUUAUGCAAAAGUCAGAAAUUUUCAUGGUAAUGAUUAUUUCAAAUCUUUUGGCUAGAGAAUGUUUUUAUGCACACCUCGAUAGUUUUGAUGAUCAGAACGACAGCCAAACUUAAAUACUGCAAUUUCGAAAAAGUUUUCCAAUGGUCAGGAAAAAAACCAUUUACAGGAAAGACUGAAGAAAUUUUGCUGAGCAAAGACGGAAAAUCUCUUAGCUGUUUUCCAAGAGAGUUCGGAAUUUUGUCCGUACCUCACGAAUCACAGUUAUUAAGCUGGUUUAUCAGUUUUUGAAUAGUUUUGGGAACAAAAUUAAUGGUGGCGAGGGAGGCAUUAGAUAGCGGAAGAGUUGAAGGAAUUGGGUCAGUUUCAAUGGUAAAAUGGUUGGUAAAGAAUGAGAUUCGGCUUUGCCUGACUCCUCUGUAAUGAAGGUAUCGUUGGUAUUAAUCAAAGGCGGAAUGACUUGUUGGGACUAAGCAGAUGAUCUUUGACAGAAGACCUGAGCAAUUGAUUUAGAAGCAUUCACGCCGUCUCCACAGUGUUUAAAGUUAGUUUAACGUGUGACAAAGACGUAAUUUGCGAUGAGACGUCCAUUUUUUCAAACCAGUAUGGGAAUGUUUAGGAUCACUUACGGAGCAUUUGUCCGCUAUGGGUUGGAGUAUGGUGCACAGGCAUUGCGUCCUUAGCUCAAGAAGGAUUACCAGCUGAUAGAAAGAGUGAAUUUGAGAUUUACGUAGGCGGUAAAGAGUCCUGGUUACCUGGCUAUAAUAAUUUUUUCCCCAAAUUACGGGAAACUACCCGGUUGCCUCAUUCAAACUUAUCAGAUUGUGAGAGUUCGGGAAAUUGUACUACACUUCAAUGACUUUUCGAAAUAACUCUGACGGCCCUCCUGCGUUGUCAACAUCUCGAACUGCAAAGGGAGUUGACCCAUGCAGACGUUUGAUCGAAUACCUUCUCUCAGAGAAUCUUUGAGGCAUGCAGCGGAUUCCCUGAAGUCAUGGUGUGUUCAGUCAGCGUUGAGAUACUAAGAUGCAGCCUAGUUACUAGCUUGCUAAGAAACUACUGUAGAUGAAACCAACAUUGUAUCGGUGAAGGCCGUUUGCAUAUGGCCUACUCAAGUAUGAUGAAACUACACACUCCGGAAUCACUCCCGCAAAAGCCGAGGAUAUUGCUUUUAUGGAUAUGAACAAAGAGCUCGAGGGCGAAAGCCUUAUUCCCUAAAUAAAGAGACAUACUUUGAAAACUUCCGGACUAAGCUUACAGAGUCCCCUUUCGACUAGCAUACUUAAAGUUAGCACAGUAUUAUUGUAGGUUUUGAAAGAAAGGUGAAAUUUUAUUCACUUCAAUUGCAAAGACCUAUUUUCAACCAGUUAACAUGUAGUUAGAAUAGUCAGAAAGUAUAUGCGUGUCACUAUGUGUUUGAGCUCCUGUCAGUCGAUAAAUAGAACUUAGAAGUUGUCUACUGUCUAUUUUAAAAGUUUCUUAGAUAUAACUAGAUAUGCUGCGGGCGGAUUAUGUUGGUUCAUUUGGUUGUCAGAUCUGUCCUUUUCAAGGCCAGGGUGCGCAUUUCAAACAGAAGGGUCUCAAGGGGUCUUGGUCCGGAGUCAAUCUGCCUCGUCAGAUGAGAUAUGUGUUUCGCCGGUUCUUCAAACACCCCCUUGUUAUAUUUCUCCUUCUAAUUUUAGUCCAACUAUGACAUUUUUAGUUGCAUUGCUCGUCAAACUUCUGCGUUCCCAUUGCCUACUAUAGUAGGCAAUAGGAACGCAGAAGUUUGACGAAAUCUAUAAUAAUAGAUUUCGUGUUUGGAAAAUAAAAAAUAAUUUCGUGUAGGACCUCCCUAAUAUAGUAAAGAGCUGCUAUAGCUGUUGAUAUCGAGAUAAUAGAGCCCACAUACAUCAUCGAUUGCCCUCAACUGACGUCGACCGACGAGCUCACCCACCUGCUGGGGCCUUUUACGGCUUAUUAAAAAGACCUAUGUUCCCCAUGAGUGCGGACAUUGUAAACUCGAAAAAGUAUAUAAAGAAGUCGCUCCCCGUGAGGAUUAAUAUCUUGUAAGCUAGGAUUGAUCACGAAUUUUCUCCUAUGUCACAUGCGCCUAGUUUACCUGGGGGUUUUGAAGACAUUGUUAAGUUUGCAUCAGGGUCAUCGUUCAAAAGUCAACAGCUGCAUGUCGCCACAUGCACAUAGGGCUGCAGAUUUGGCCGCAAUGGCGAAAAACGGUGCCUAUUAAACAUCCACCUCCCGGCUGACUUCUGUCAGCGAGAUAGAUGUUUAAGUGUUAUCCAGUUGCUGUGGCUGCAAAGCCGGUCCAGUUCCUUUUUAUUUCAAAAUUGUUGUUCCAUGGAAUACUAACUAAAAGUCGUCUUAAAUUUAUGUUCUAUUUCCUUCUCUGAGAUAACUUCCCUGUUCUGGACCUGUAAUAUUAAUGUAGGUCGUGGUAAGCAUUCGUUAGAACUUGUCGCUCCCAAAUUUUCUGUCAUUACUAACCAUAAUGUACAUUGACGGAGUUGAGCGCCACGGUGCCGGUAGGUCCUAUUCGUCUUUCCCUCUAGUAAGUUAUUGGAGUAGAUUAAGUAAGCCGUUAGGAGGACGUUCGCGAUCGCAGAAAAUAGUUGGCCGCCUCGGCGAGUAGGAGGCCUCCUUCAAGUAAGUUGCUUUGUAGAAAUAAAUCUGGACCACUGUCGGUAGGACUCAAAAGCAGUGACUAAAACGAGCAUGUAAUAACCGGAAUCUUCCGUUCUGAAAUCCACCGGACAAUAGGUGCAUUGGCAUUGGGGAGAAAACAGAGUAAAUAACGUACUAUAUGAUCGCGGUGGAUAGUUCGCAUAGUAUUAUCUGAAUUCAGUAACGCCUAGGAUUACUCUGAUCGCGUAAAGCAGUCAUCCCCUAAGGUAACAGGGUUGGCAGUUACAGCAGCAGGUUUUUGCCUUUUCCAACGCCUUACACCAAGUAAGUUUGCUGUUUAGUAGAAAAAAAUUAUGCUUUAAUUGAAAUUAUUAAUUACUUGCAGUCGGAUAUUGCAUCUUAGAACGCCACUUACCAUCCAUUCGCUUACGCGAACGGUGCUCGUAAACCCUUCAAAUGAAAUUUUCUUAAUGAGCGGUUUGCGGACGCUGAAGAAAAGAAGUGGUCACUGACAUUUUGAAGGCCCACCUUUUUUCUCCACUCGUAGGUAUCGGUAUGAACGGGAGGCCUAGUCAUAAACUAUCUCAGAAUCAGCAUCGAUCAACUUAUGACGACAAUCUCAGGAGGUCUGACGACAUGGCUGCCUCACCGUCAGUAAGUUGCAAUGACUUAAGCUGUCCUAGAUUUCAGUCUUUAAAUACAGUUGACUCAGACACGAGCGAGUCCUUCGGUACAUCACCAGCUGACCACCUCUUGCGUCAGGAUGGUAAGGCGUCAUGUAACCCUUAAGAUCCUGCGCACAUUUUCCAGAGUUCUCGACGCAUCGCCAGUUAGCCGACAUCCGCCGGACUUUGCAUGCCUUAUACCGUCACGUAAGAGCUUCGUCUAGAAGGCAACUAUGGUUAAUGGAAAGCCACAGGCGGCUGCGCGCAAGCAUACGCGCACUGGAGGCGCUGAUAGAUCAACGGCCCGCCCCCUCGACCGAGGUAGCUGUACAACCGCCAGAAAACCCUGUAAUUCGGCCUCUGCGUUCGGCGGCAGAUUUCCAGCAGUUAAAUGCCCGCUUAGCCGACGAUGAUUACCGAAAUCAGUUAGUAGGCUACCUAUUUUUUACCUUUGUACUUUUCUUGAGGCUUCCUACCUCGUUUACCUUGGGGGCCAAACGGUGGACGAUUUCGUCAAACGCAUAUUUUAUGCAUUGUUUGACGAUGAAAUAUGCAUUCACGUUAAUUUUAAAGGGAAGAAAUUAAAACAAGGCCUUUUCGGGUCAAAAAUAUACGAGUUGAUAACAGGUAUGUAAUUAAUUACGUAUGUUACUGCUCGCUAUGAAGGAGUGUUCGCGAGAUGGAAUGCCGAAGGACACGCCACCCUGUUUGACUUGGAGUCUGCACUCACCAAGCGUCUAAAAAGAUCAUUAGACGCUUACGGAAGACGACUUCAAAAACGUCAGACUAUUAACCGUAAGCUGUAUGCAUAUUUCCUUAGAAACUACAUCUUCCCUGUAGAAGGACAACUCAGAUCGUCGCCAGGGUCCUCCCCUCCACCUCCAUACAGCUACAAGGAGACCUGA